CAUUAUUUUAUGUUUUUAGAUGUCCUUAAUUCUUCUUCUGUUGCUCCCUUUCGACGUGCUAGCGGCCACUGUUGUCCCUGAUGUCUGUGAGGAUUACACGCCUUGCUCUUGCCAACAAUACGAUCCGUAUGGUUUGAUUGUUCGUUGCGGUGACUCGUUCGACCCCAAUUCAUCCAUCACUAGCCUCGAUGUCCAUAACAUUUUCAAUCGCACCGAAGCCCUGCACGUGUUUUGGGUAGAUAUAUUCUCCUUGUCACCAGAGGUCGAUUCCGACGACUCAAUCCGAAUUCCAGCGGAUGUCUUGAGUGAAAAGCGCGUCGAUCGUUUAGGAAUCAGUUGUUCAACAUUUGUUGGCCAUUUGAUUUUGGAAAUUCAUCCGGAUGCAUUCCGUUCUUCCAUCCAUCAGAUAGGACACUUCGAAAUGGCUGGAUGUGAUUUUAGCCGAUUAAAUUUCAAAUUCUUGGCAGAUACGACGUCUUUGGUUAGUUUGAGCAUUGGUCCUGGCCUGAACUUUCGAGGAUUCCCUCCGUUGCCUUUUCUUGCACGGGUCACAUCGUUAAGGAUCUAUAAUUACCUGGACUUUCGGCACUGGAACCAAAUUGCUGAUCGAUUUCCUCUCUUGGAAUCGCUGUUUUUGGAUGGAACUCAACUAGGAGAUCGUUUGAUAAACAAACUCGUGAGUUCUAUCGCCUCUUCACCAACUGGAAGGCAUUCACUUACUCAGCUGAGUUUGUGGGAGAACAAGCUCAGUCGUGUUCCAGAACACAUUUCGUCAUUUAAAAAUCUAAGCUACGUUAAUCUUUUUGGCAAUGCUAUCCGAUUUCUUGCAAGGGGAUCGUUUGCUUUCAAUCCCAAAAUUAAAGUGACGUUUCUCAUCUUAAUCAGAAAUGCGUUGGAACGAAUUGAGCCGGGGGCAUUCCAAGGUGAUUUUUCUGAAGCUAUCAUUUACCUCGAUUAUAACCAUUUGUCUCGGUUUGAUUCUGCCGUUUACCAAAAAUUGCUGGAACAAAUGCAAUCCGUGUCGUCGGCUGCUGGCAUCCACCUUCGAAAUAAUCCUUUUGAAUGUGGGGACUGCCAUCUCGCAUGGCUGAUACGCGACAAGCCACACCUGCUGACACGCGUGUUCGGUGGAAGGUGUUCCAAUGGGACGCAAUUCGAGGAUCUAAAACCCGAGGGAUAUCACGAUUGUCUUUAAAUUUGUCAAAAUUG